AUGUCAGCUAGAAUCACCAACAGAGGAAAACUAACUUUAACCCUGGGCCCACACUACAGGCAAAUCGAGGCAAAUUCCCGCAUUUUGCCUCAGUUUUAUGGGAAUUUGCCCGAGUUUGCUAGCGCCACUGUCGUAGAGAACAAAGGAAAGGGCGAGAGUGGGAGAAGGUGGUGGGGAUAUUUUGACCUGCUGGUGGAAGGUAAUGGGCUGUUUACCCCGGUUUGUUGCAUAUCCAUCCGGAAUGGAAAACUUAGGCAAAAUCCAAGCAAGUUUUGCAUUAUGGCCGUUGCGCUACGCUAG